UGGGGAGUGGAAAUAGCAAUUCCGGUGGUGGGCCCAACCCAAUGCUAUGGUGUACCUCCCGGACGGCGCAUCCUAGCACCCAAUGGACGGAAUCUGUGAAAAACACACCAAAGAAGAAUUUUCAAAUCUAAACAAGUUGGGUCUGAUUGGUUUUACACGUAUAUAUAUGAUUCUGACUGUGUCUUCUUCCCAUUCCAACUUCUGCGUUUUUCCUUCUUCUCUCUGAUUUCCUGACUUGCCAGACCUUUUAUUUCAUUUUCUUGCUCAAUUUCUCAGAAGGGGUCUUCUUUUUUCCUCUCCAUUUUCUUGUUCUUGGGCUAUUUUUGUUGUGGGGUUGUUUAGGAUUACAAUAUUGUACGUGGGUCUUCCUCGUGCAUUUGGAGCUUUUGAGUGUUUGGCUUAAAUGGGUUCAAGAUCUCUGUAUGGUCCUUCUCUAGAUUCUCCUGAUCCUGUUUUGGAAAGAAAUCUCAUGGAAGAUACAGGAACAGUUAUUCGAAGUGGGGAAAGAAGCUACAAUCUUCAUGAAACAAAUGGGGUGCUAGAUCAGGUCUCUAGUCCAUUGAGAAGAGAAGUGCUUAACAGGUCAGUAUUUUCAAUGAAGCCUCUGGGAAGUGAAGAAACAGACUUGGAAGAUGGGAAGUUGGAAAAGGAUAGAGAGAAAUCAGUACGAAGUAACAGGGUAGUUAGAAUACACAAUCAGGCUUUAUUGUCUGGCUUUGCAUAUUGCAUCUCAUCCUGCAGUAUGAUUCUGGUUAACAAGUUUGUCCUUUCCAGCUAUGAUUUUAAUGCCGGGAUAUCUUUGAUGAUCUACCAGAAUCUCGUCUCAGUGAUUGUUGUUACUGUAUUGAGUUUUUUCGGCCUAAUAACAACAGAACCGCUUACAUGGAAGCUGAUUAAGGUCUGGUUGCCUGUGAAUGUUAUAUUUGUUGGGAUGCUUGUUACAAGCAUGUUUAGCCUGAAGUACAUUAAUGUCGCUAUGGUCACAGUUUUGAAGAAUGUUACUAAUGUGAUAACUGCUGUUGGUGAAAUGUAUCUUUUCAAUAAGCAUCAUGACAACAGAGUCUGGGCUGCUCUCUUCUUAAUGAUCAUUUCAGCAAUUUCUGGAGGAAUUACUGAUCUAUCUUUUAAUGGUAUUGGCUAUACAUGGCAAAUUAUUAAUUGUUUCUUGACCGCAUCAUAUUCUUUGACCCUACGUAGGGUCAUGGACACAGCCAAGCAAGUAACAAAAUCUGGAAACUUGAAUGAGUUUUCAAUGGUCUUGCUAAAUAACACACUUUCAAUGCCUCUUGGGGUUAUCCUUAUGUUUGUGUUCAAUGAGGUGGAUUAUCUCUCUACAACGCCACUUUUGAGGCUGCCUACCUUCUGGUUGGUGAUGACACUGAGCGGAUUUUUGGGUCUAGCAAUCAGCUUCUCUUCUAUGUGGUUUCUUCAUCAAACAGGGGCUACCACAUACAGCCUUGUGGGGUCAUUAAAUAAGAUUCCUCUAUCUGUUGCUGGCAUUGUUCUAUUCCAUGUCCCUACUAGUUUGGAGAACUCUGCAAGCAUCUUCUUUGGUCUAGUAGCGGGAGUAUUUUUUGCCAAAGCCAAAAUGAGGGAGAGAUCUCAAUCCUGAAGCAGAAACUGCUGCUUGUCUGUAUGCAAUUUUGCAGCUUUGCAGACACCAACAGUUAUGCUUGCUUACUUGUUCAAUAUGUAAUGUCAGCACAGUGAAUCGGUUAAACAUAUUCCCUUUAAAGAGCUGGAAAAGAGAUCCUGAGUGUCCAAAUCUUCUUCCAUUUUGGCAUGGCCUUGGGUACGUUUUGGGAAUGCCAAGGGCUUCUGUGUUUGUAAUAUUAAAGGAAAACACUCUUAGUAAUUCUUUCUGACUCAGAUUUGUAUUGUAUAUCAGAAGCCCUUUUCUUCCACUGUAUUUUGCUUUUUUCUUUCUUUUUUUUUGAAAGAAACAAUUUCUAGUGUAAUGGUAUAAGGCCAAUUUCCAUUGCCUUUUUCUGAGCAGAUGUAUUCCUCUUAAACCUUCCAUCUCUUCUUUCUAUUUUCUUUUUCCGCCUGAGUUGAAGUUGCAACAUAAUUUUAGUCUGUCUGUUUGUUUUUGUGGAAAAUCUUAAUGAAUUUCAGAUGUUUGCUUA